AUGGAGCAUUGCAAUAAUUUUCCGAAGACGUCUUUAUUCUUUUCCUCCUUUAUUCAAUUCUUAUUAGAAUUGAGUGGUAUCACAUCUACUGAUGCAAGAUUGGUUAAGGCACUAGAGCUUGUUGAUACAACUGCUAUCAGUUUGAUGUGCUACUAUAAGGAUAAGAAUAAGGAGUACUACUUCUUACAAACUGAUGCUCAUGAAGAUUGGCUAAUAGGCCAUAUUGAAGCCGUAGAAAAGGAAGCAGAAGAAGGAAGAGAGAAGAUGAAAGAAGAGAUCAAAGCUGAAUUGAAAGCAAAUGAAGUUUUGAGACCUGCUGUCCGGGAAUCCGAUCGGAGUGCCCAGAUCGACAAAGAAUUCCGGCGGUUGGAGGCUGAAGGACUCACGCCAUCGGCUUGGAUGUUAUGCGAAUCAGAAAACGACGACGUCUUCAUCGUCGUCGGAGCGGUGAACACUGAAGAAAUCUCGUUUAAGCUCUUCUUCGGGUUGUCAUUGGGGCUCCGCAUGUUUCGAGAUCCUCAAUUAAAUCGACAGCUGAAUCUGUGA